CCCUGUGUUUGGAUAUUUCCUUUCUACGGUUUAUCUUAAUACAGUAAACUACAGUAGCCUCCUUCAAUGGCGUCUGCCACCGUUCCAUUCGUCGCCUUCUCUCCCAAUUCAAUUUCAAAUUCAAACUCACCAAUUCAACACAGACGCCUUUACAGCUUCAACCUCAAACAGUUCCCCAAACGGGCCGAAUUUUCGGGCCUCCGUGUUGCCGCCACCGAAGGCGUUCCUCCGAUGGACGGAUUCGUUGCUAACGACGGCGUAGAGAAUAAGGGAACCGGAGAGAAAAAAAUGGAUGCUUCUCAGUACGAAGCCUUGCUCAAAGGUGGUGAGCAGGUUACCUCCGUUCUCGAAGAAAUGGUGAAACUCUUGCAGGAUAUGAACAUGGACGAAGCUUCUGAGGAGGUGGCGGUGCAAUUGGCUGCACAAGGAGUGAUAGGCAAGAGAGUUGACGAGAUGGAGUCGGGUUUUAUGAUGGCUCUCGAUUACAUGAUACAACUUGCCGAAAAGGAUCAGGACGAAAAGAGGAAGUCUCUGUUGGAGGUUAUAAAGGAGACUGUAUUAUCUCAUCUCACAAAAAAAUGCCCUCCUCAUGUUCAAGUUAUUGGACUGCUUUGCAGAACCCCACAAAAGGAGAGCAGGCAAGAAUUAAUGAGGCGAGUGGCGGCAGGUGGUGGUGUGUUUCAGGGUGAAAACGGCACGAAAGUUCAUCUUCCAGGGGCGAAUUUGAACGACAUAGCUAACCAGGCUGAUGAUAUUUUGGAGACAAUGGAAUCCCGUCCUGAAGUUCCAGAUCGAAAGCUACUUGCAAGACUCGUUCUGAUAAGAGAAGAAGCUAGGAAUAUGAUGGGUGGUGGAAUACUGGACGAAAGAAAUGACCGUGGUUUUAACACACUACCUGAAUCAGAGGUCAAUUUUUUGACUAAACUCGUGGCUUUGAGACCGGGGAUAACUGUGCGUGGCAUGAUAAAAAAUGUAAUGCUGGGGAAAGACGAAGGCUCCGAUAAUUCCGGAGGUGAAAACACACCCAUCGGAAUUGCAGGAAGGGCUAGUGUUACUGGUGUUAAAGCAUUACCCGUGCGCCCUGGCAUGUUUCUUGAAACUGUUUCCAAGGUGUUAGGUGGCAUAUAUGCUGGUAACGUAUCUGGAAUCACAGCACAGCAUCUAGAAUGGGUUCAUCAGAACACACUCCAAAUUCUCGAAGAAAUUGCAUUUUAGCGUUCUUCCACACUAAAUGCAGUGAGUCGUUUUUUGAGACACUGAGUAUCAAUAUACUAGGAGAGAUUAGAUUGCCUUCUUUCGACAUACAUGAUAUUCUUAGCAAACAGCAAGUAGUUCACAUGUUGCUAGCUAUAGUGAAUUUGUAGUUCAACUCUGAAGAAUCGAACUUGCCGUACGAAAUCGUUAUAAUAGUGAAUCUCUUUGUUUGUAUAGUAAGGAAGUUCUACAAUGUAAUCAUGAUCACAUAAGGCUGUAUGGGGUGUCAAAGUAGAAAGACAACUAGAAAUUUUUAUUGAAUUUUAAACUGCUUGAAGAUUUUGCGAGUGAUGCAUAAUCUUCCUAUUCAUGAUGAAGCAAAUCAAGAAUGGUGUUAUAUUU